GCCCAUAGAACUACGCUCCCAUCGUGCCCCGCGGCGGCAGGCGGGGUCUCCCGCUUGCUAAGACUUGGCGAAGCGCGGAGGUCGCGCGUGUCCCUCAGUCCAGCCUCAUGGACAAUGGAGUGCCCUGGGCCCAAGAAGACUGGGAGUGAGGAGCAAGAGCCGGCACAAUGGCAAGCCCACCCUGUCCUGUCAGAGCAGCAGUCAGGGGCCGUAGAACUGGUCCUGGCCUACGUCGCACCCAUCCUGGACAAGCGCCAGACCUCUCGCCUCAUCAGGGAGGUGUCCACCAUCUAUCCACUGCCCGCCCAGCCCCACCUCAAGCGGGUACGCCCCAGCUGCACUGCAGAGGGGACCCAUGCCUUAGAGUUGUUGCUGUGCCUGGCUGGGCCUUUAGCUGGCCCACGUUCCCUGGCCGAUCUCCUCCCAAGACCGGCUGUAGACCCUCAUGGCCUGGGUCCACCUUUCCUGGUGCCCAUACCUGCCAGGCCACCCCUCACCUGGAGCCAGUUUGAAGAGGCUCGGGCCCACUGGCCCACAUCCUUCCACGAGGACAAACAAGUGACCAGUGCACUGACUGGGCAGCUCUUCUCGCCUCAGGAGCGUGCUGCCAUUCAGAACCACAUGGAACAGGCUGUGCAUGCUGCACAGCAGGCAGCUGCCCAGGGCCUGCGGGCUGUGGGUGCUGUUGUGGUAGACCCAACCUCAGGCCAUGUGCUGGCCAUGGGCCAUGACUGCAGUGGCGUGGCCAGUCCCCUGCUGCAUGCCGUCAUGGUAUGCAUUGACUUGGUGGCCCAGGGCCAGGGCCGUGGUGCCUGUGACCUCAGUGCCCACCCAGCCUGUUCCUUUGCCCCUGCCACUGUUGUCCAGGGUGCCUGUGUUGGUAGUGUGCGCAAGCUAGACACUGAUGAGGAGGAGGAUGGCCUGCCGUAUGUGUGCACCGGCUAUGACCUAUUUGUCACCCGAGAGCCCUGUGUCAUGUGUGCCAUGGCCCUUGUCCACUCCCGUAUCCAGCGUGUCUUCUAUGGGGCACCCUCACCUGAUGGCGCCUUGGGUACACGCUUCCGUGUUCAUGCGCGGCCGGACCUCAACCACCGUUUCCAGGUGUUCCGGGGCAUCCUGGAGGACCAGUGCUGCCUGCUAGACCCUGACCCGUAGGCCCAGUGGCCUCCUGCAUGCUUC